UAAUAAUAAUCUCAGUAUGUUACGACAGAUUCGAGUGAUCACAAAGUCUGUUCGCUCGCUGACAAACGAUGAGUAUUCCGUAUAUCUUCCUCGUGUGUUCGAUCAUCGUCGAAUUGUGCUUCGGGCAAUACAUAGAUCCUAAUGUAAUAAAAGAUUAUUUGCGUAACGUGCAAAAUGUAGUGUCGGAGAAAGUCGGGGCUUAUGGAUUGUCAAAUUUGCCAGAUGUUGAUGUUAAAAUAUCCUACAACAUCAUCGACGGAAACAGCUACGACAUAAAAGGAUGGCUUUACUUGGAGGAUGGCUUUGUUAUGGAUAUAGAAAACAUAAACUUGAUAGAUAGGAGCGCCACUCAUACCAUAUUCGGAAACGGCGCGGUUUCGGUAGAAACGAUCAUCAAAUUCGAAAAUAUGUCGUUUGUCCGGGAUUUUCGCUUCGAAGCUGACGAACCUGAGAAGAUACCGGAUCGAACGAUAGGCAGCGUAAUUAUAAAACCCGAAAGCUUUUAUUUCAGUGUAAAGAUUAUCCAUGAUUUACGCAAGGACACUCUUAACUGCACCAUGAGCACAUCGUUUCAGGGGAGAGCGAGUAAAGAGGCGUUCAAUUUUUAUCCAAAGAAUACGCUCACGUCUAGGUUGAGGAAAUCACUAUCGUACGCUGUGCCCAUGUUUCCUGACAUCGGUAUCUCCUGGCAACGCAUAUUCGAACCUAUCCUCAACAACGUAAUAAAGAUAGUCCCAUUCCCAGAUGUAGAUUUUCCAGUGAGCAGAAACUGACUAUCGCAUUUCUCUAAAUUCUUGCGACUGCUGUCGUUCUGACUUUAAUUGUUGGAUACCGGUGAUAGAUGUUGGACAUUGAUUGAUCGAUUAAAAUUAGCUUUGACUAAAACAAUUGGCAAAUUGAUUAUCUAAAUUUAUCAGUCGUCAUAUAUAUGUGCAAUCACGAAUGAUCUAAUCAAUUGAUAUUCAUUAUUAAUCAGUGUAUAAUCGAUCACAUCAAAGUUUGAUCAAUCGAUAAAAUUAUCUGCAAUUUUAUAUAUGACGACUGAUUAAUUCAAUAUUUUACUAAAGUAAUAAAUUAAUAAAUAGUACACUGUAAAUUUUUAGCAAAUAGUACACUAAAGGUACAAUGAGUACACUGAGUAUAUGUACUGAGUAGUACACUGAGAGAAAAAAAAUCUAAGAAAUGAUAAAUAUAUAUUUAUUUGAUAGUUGCUAAUAGCGCAUGUUUAUUUAUAUUAAAAUAAAAUAUUUUUCAAAUAAGAAAAUAUAUAUUUCCUUAAAACAUUAAUGUUUUGCUCAAUUUUGUUUGUACUGGAAUUUGAAAAUACAAACGAAUAAACAGAAUGAAGAGGAAAUAAUAAGGAAAGUGCAAUAAGAAUAAAAAGGGUGAAGCGACGUAUCUGUUUAAUGUUAGAAAUAAAGAGUCAUGAAAUAAAUUACGGCGUGUGUAAUAAACAUAAAAUAGAAGUUCUCCUAAACCAUAAAGUAAGGAUUAUAUAUGAGAAUAAAUAAAAUAAAAUAAUAAUAUGACGACUAA